CACAUGGCUAUGGAGAAUGACUCUUCAGUGACUGAAUUCAUUCUCACAGGACUGACAGACCAACCUGAGCUCCAGCUACCCCUGUUCAUCCUGUUCCUCGUGAACUAUGUAGCCACUGCGGUGGGAAACUUGAGUUUAAUGUACCUCAUUUUCCUAAAUUCAAACCUUCAAACUCCCAUGUACUUUUUUCUCUUUAACUUUUCUUUCAUUGAUUUAUAUUAUUCAUUUGUCUUUACUCCCAAAAUACUAAUGAGUUUUGUCUUAGAGAAGAACAUGAUUUCUUUUACAGGAUGCAUGACUCAGCUAUUUUUCAUUUGCCUUUUUGCCAACUCCGAGUGCUAUGUGCUGACAGCCAUGGCUUAUGAUCGCUAUGUAGCCAUCUGUCAACCUCUGUUGUACAUAGUCAUCAUGUCUCCUAGGACAUGUUCCCUGAUGAUGUUUGGUUCAUACUUGAUUGGGUUUGCUGCUGCCAUUGUCCAUACAGGAUUUAUGAUCAGGCUACACUUUUGUAAUUCUAACAUCAUUAACCAUUACAUGUGUAAUAUCUUCCCCCUUCUUCAGCUCUCCUGCAGCAGCACCUAUGCCAAUGAGCUUGUGUGUUCUGUCAUUGGCAGCACAGUAGUCCUUGCAUCUAGCAUUAUCAUCUUAAUGUCCUAUGCUUUGAUCCUAUAUAAUAUCAUUCAGUUGUCAUCAGGUAAAGGUUUCUCCAAAGCCAUGAGCACCUGUAGUUCUCACAUAAUAACUGUUGCCCUAUUCUAUGGAUUUGGUAUGCUUACACAUAGCAAAACAUCAUCUGAUGAGUCUGUGGUUCAGGGGAAAGUUCUCAGUGUAUUUUGUACAUUUUUGCUACCAUUGUUGAAUCCUAUUAUUUACAGUCUCAGGAAUAAGGAUGUGAAGCUUGCUCUAAAGAGAACUCUGAAAAGACUCAGAAUAAGUGAACCCCUGGGAAUGUCAUAG